CUGCUGUUUUGUGCGUUGCGGUUGAGCUAUGGAAUGACCUUAACUUUGUUUUGGUACCUGCUUAGUUUGCGGAGAGCUCUGCGGAUACCGAGGGUGUAGCACGCUGGGUCUGCUAGUUACUGUUAUGCCCAAGGGUGAAAGGAAAACCUUGGAGUCUGAAAGGUGUUUGGAAUAAGGUUAUUAUUUAGCAUAAGCGGUAUUGGAGGUAGAAUAGGUGCUGUCACUGUGCUACCAAGCCUUUUGAAAUGCAAAGAUGUACUUCUGUAGGGUGAUGGUUUUCUCCUAAGACAUGCUUAUAAUUACCAGUGUUUUGAAAGGGAAGAUGGAGGAACUCAAGGUUUCUGAGACCUUUUACAAAUACCAUAACACCAUCGUGCCUAUAGAAUUAGGGGAUGUCUGCUGGGAAAUCUGACAAUGGGAUGCGCUUGUGGUUCUAGAUGUCCUGCAAGUGCCCAGAGCAAGGUGAAAGGAGAGGCUCUUUACUAAAUGUGAGGAGUGAUUUCCUUUAGUGAAGGAGGUAGUGAACAUUUUGGACUUGGCAUGGCAUUGUGUUGUGAUUGAUGUGGUUCUAGCAGAGAUUCAAGGGAAGGUCUGAUACCUUCUUUAGGCACUGAUGUGCUGAUAGUUGCUUAGGUACUGUAAUGUUACACCUCUCAUCAUAUGGAAACUCGACUAGGAAAAUGUUUGUUUUUGUAGAUUUCCCCUAGCGCAGUUCUUGUUUGCAGUGAAAAAGGUUUUGUUGCUAUCACUUAGCCUAUCUGAAUUGAAUAGCUUUUUAAGUUAAUAGCUUUAACUUUUUUUUCUCUCAUACAUGAUUUUUUUUUUCUUUCCCCUGUCUGGCAAAUCUCUAACUCCUUUUUGUUACUCUGACCACUCUGCACUGGACAGAAAGGAGUCCCUUCUUCACCUCUUGAAGUUGAAAAGUGUACUGAGAAAAGAAUGAAACUUGUGAUCCUCUGUUAGAUCUGGAAAACCUGCACCUUUAAGGACAGAUGUGGCUCACAAGAACAGCUUAACUUGGAUCAGAAGGCAGUGGAGAGGCAUCCUGGCGGCCCAGGGAGUAGUAGUUGUUAGUGCAUGAAUUCAUAUGGCAGCUUGAUUUUUUCCCUCUUCAUUGCUCUGUAUACCCUAUUGUGUAAUCAGAGCGAUCCACUCUUAUCUUGUGAUAGGGUUUUGGGCAUCUCUCUUGUGUAAGAGCAGAAAGAUUGAAAUGUUUGCCUGUCCAGGAUCUCUGCCUGGUUGUAAACCCCAGGUGGGCAAAACAAUCCUUUACUCUCAUGCUCUCAUCAUGUGGCCAUAUCUGUACCAGGAACCUUGUGGGAAGGCUGGGAGGUGGAAAGAGUAACAUCUUCAUGACAGUGACUGAUUGGUGUUAAAAGGCAAGAGGAGUAUUCAGGAGGGUUGCAGCAGUAGCUGUGUACAGAGCUGGUAAAAGUGGCUAUGUCCUGCCACCUACCUUUCUGUGCUGCUGAGCAUAGUUACUAUAGGUAGACUUAACACAUUCUUGUCUGGUUCUUUCUGUUCUUCACGCAAAUGCUUUUCACAUCAUGUAAAUUAUGAUAGCAUGAGCUAUCAGGUGUUACACAAAGCCAGCGGGGAAAUUUGUCAUUUUUAUGGUCUUUGUUUUUAUAGCUUGUAGACCUGGCUGUGAUCUCCUGAGACAGUGAGAGCUAAGAGAGGCAGUGCUGCAAGAAAUGCUAGGCAACAAUGGCAGGUGAAGACUGUGUAAGAAAACGCCAGUCUGGCUCCACUACAACCUACAAGAACUCUGAGAAUGAAGAAACACAGAGGAGACCUGAGAGUGAGAGGUCAUUUCAAAACUCAAGCAAUGGCCGGGUUGAUGUUGACCAUGUGAUAACAAGGAAAAUGCAGCUAAUAGCAGAAGCUGAGCAAUUGAAGCCAGCUUUCAUGAAGGAAGUGGACAGUCACUUCACAGAGUUUGUGAACAGUUUGGUGGCUAAAUCAGCACUCCUGGAUUCCUCAUCUUCAGCCUCCAUCUUCCCAGCUUCCUGCUCAGAAAAGGAACUGCACAAAGCCAAGGCCUUGAGGGCUCCUCCAGAACAUGGGAAGAUCUUUACUGCCAGGAGAUCCCUCUUGGAUGAGCUGUUUGAAGUGAGUCACAUCAGGACGAUCUACCACAUGUUCAUCGCUCUUCUCAUUGUCUUCAUCCUCAGCACACUUUUAGUAGACUUCAUUGAUGAGGGAAGGCUGGUCCUAGGAUUUGAUCUCUUGGUCUUUGUUUUUGGAAAGUUCCCGGUCGUCUUCUGUACUUGGCUGUGCAUGUUCUGUGCCACGGUUAUUGUUCCAUACAACCUUUUUGUCUGGUGGGCCCAAGUCUACUGCAGUUCCUCCCAUCGUGUAAUCCACUCUCUCUUCUAUGGGAUGUUGUUCACGCUCUUCCAAAUAGCUGGGCUUGGAUUUGGACCAACCUAUAUUGCGGUAUCAUAUGCCUUGCCUCCAGCUUCCCGUUUUAUUGUAAUACUGGAACAGGUUCGUCUUGUUAUGAAGGCUCAUUCGUUUGUCCGGGAGAAUGUACCUAGAGUCCUGUCGUCUGUAAAGGACAAGUCCAGCACGGUACCUAUUCCCAGAAUUUCUCAGUACCUGUACUUCCUCUUUGCUCCCACCCUCAUCUACAGAGACAACUAUCCCAGGAAUCCCAUGAUAAGAUGGGGCUAUGUAGCUACCAAGUUUGCACAGGUGCUUGGUUCGCUUUUCUACGCCUACUACAUCUUUGUGAGACUCUGCAUUCCUCAGUUUCGCAACAGCAGUCAAGAAACCUUCAAUCUUCGAGGACUGGUCCUCUGCAUCUUCAAUUCCAUCCUGCCAGGUGUACUGAUCCUCUUCCUGGUUUUCUUUGCAUUCCUUCACUGUUGGCUCAACGCGUUUGCUGAGAUGCUGCGCUUUGCAGAUAGGAUGUUCUACAAGGACUGGUGGAAUUCCACUUCCUAUGCAAACUACUACCGAACCUGGAACGUGGUAGUACAUGACUGGCUCUACUACUAUGCCUACAGGGACUUCCUCUGGUUUUUUGGUAAGAAGUUCAAAGCAGCAGCGAUGCUAUCUGUCUUCACAGUAUCAGCUGCUGUGCAUGAAUACGUUCUGAGCAUCUGCUUCGGCUACUUCUAUCCAGUUCUCUUUUGCCUGUUUACGUGCUUUGGAGUGGUCUUCAACUUCACCCUUAAUGACCGUCGGAAAGGGCCCAUCUGGAACGUGAUCAUGUGGACAUCCCUCUUCCUGGGCCAAGGUGUCAUCAUUUGCCUCUACAGCCAGGAGUGGUACGCCCGCCAGUACUGCCCUAUGGAAAAUCCCACGUUCCUGGACUACUUAAAACCACGCUCAUGGUCAUGUCACGUGAAGAUGUAAGAAUGCUAUGCUCUGGCCAUGUCAUCACAGAAAAUCAGAGUUGUCCUCCAAGUAUUUGGACCAAUGACCUAACUCACUACGGACUUUUUCUAAGGGAAGUUGUGCCUCCUGAUUAUUGGGGAGAAACUCUAAUUUUUUUAAAACAUUACUGAGGCAAACCAGUUGACCUGGAUUGCAACAGGCUUAAUAGGCAGCAUCCACUACGUGCUGUCCCACUUUGAGCCAUUUCCAUGCCAGUAAAACAUUGAGCUGGAGGUGGAGUCUACUGGAAUCUUCUCAUCCAGGAGUCCCCCCACGUUGCUGCUCUUCUGAACAACAGAUAAUCUAGUCAGAUUUGCUAAUAGCUCAUUGUUGGCAUCCGUCCAUCUUCCUCAGCCAUACCUUUGCAAUUUUUUUUCUCCUUUUUGCUAAUAGGUUGUCUAAAAAAACUUCUACUCCUUGUGAUCCUGUCUGCUGCUAUGAUGCAGACAAGUGGCAGAGAAACAGGAUAUUUGCCUCCUUGCUCUGAAAAUAGCCAAAGUUUUCCUGGGUGGCUUUGAACUGUAUUCUGUGCGUGUUGGCUGCCUACAGAUUUAAGAUGAGCAGAGAAAGAAGGGAUUGUCAAUUUACUUGUGGCUGUGUUGGAGAAUCAAGUUCAGAAGCAGGGCACAGUGUGUGCAGUCUUUAUAGCACUUUUUACACUUAAAAUUUGUUUUCUCUGUGCUCAUUAAGUUCCGAACUGACUUAAGGCAUUUUUGUUCUCUGAAGGCCCUUGUGACUUGAGGAAUAGUGUCUUUUUUUUUUUUUUCUUCUAGAUCUUCCUUUCUCUGGCUCCAGAUAAUCAAUUCUUUUAACACAGUUAACUUGUAAAAGAGCUUUUGCUUUAAUUUGGCAGGUGCUUUGAGGUAUACAAGUUAAGGCUUUCUUUAGUAAGAAAGAUUUGAAACGCUAUGACCCAACUGUAAGGAAACGCAAUCGACUUUACAGGUCCAUAGUGCUUUCUCAUCCAAAAUGACUACGCACAGCUCGAUAUGCCAGCACGUCUUGGUGUCUGUUGCCAAUGUGUAUUGUGGCAGCUUCGGUGGGAAAUAAGAGUUGACCCAGUGGCUGAAGUCAGAGCUGCUUUUUUCAUCUGCUGGUGUCUGCUCUUAUGUCAGGGAGGAUGUCAGGUGAAGAUUGGUUUCCUAGUAUUGCUCUCUUCUUAAGUUUUACUGGAACUGCAGCUCCCAUAAUUGGGGAGGGAGGGUAACCUGAUGGAGGUACCUUAACUCUGGUCACAGGGAUUUCUGAAUUACUCAGAUGUUCCUUAUUGGUACUUUUUGGUCACAGCUUUUCCUUACUGACCCAGGUGUUGGGUAUUACUGACCUGGCCUUACUGGCCUAGGUAUUGGGUACCAGCAGUAUUGGGGCUGUUGAUGGACUUGUCUCCUGAUAAGACUGUCUUUUGGGCUUCUAUUUUUACUAACCUGAGUCAAAAGUAAUUUCAGGAAAGCUAGGUGAUACUUCAACUCUUCCAGGUUUUCAGUUUUCUGUGAGAAGGAAUCCCACCCUUCACAAAGGACAUUGUGUCAGGUCAAAUUUGUCAAGUACAGCGUUUGCAUAUGUGGCUUUCCUGACAAUAUCUCCUACUAGAAGUUGUUUGUUGAAACAGUUGGGUUAAUUUCAGAGGAAGGAGUUCAUGUAUAUACUGAAACUUGGCAGUAUUAGAGUAUAAAAUCCUGAAAAUUAAAUGGGUUACUUUUUCCUCAUUCAGUUCGAUUAAUCCUAAAUCUUUCACUCUACCUUUUGUGGGAGGAAGGGUUAGAAUUGCUGGAGCAACUAAGAUUCCUUUUCCUUUUCUAAAAAAACCAACCAGACAAAAACCCCCACUCUUUGGCCAAACAGCUUUGUCACCUCCUUAAUACAGGAUGAAAUUCAGUCCAGUACUACUUAAUUGUGGUGCUCAACCCCCUUCUGUAUGGCUGUAACUGCACUCAAAUAGAGUGUGACGGAGCAGGGACUUGGUUUGUCCUCUUGAUGCCUGUGUCAGGUCUUGCUGCUGUCUUGGUGUUCUCAAAAGGAGAACAAAUCAUGGCGCUUUGGGCUGAGUUUUGGUGUUCCUCUCACGGCUGGCGCUGUCGUAUUCCUAAUAAAGAAUAUCAGUGUUUACUCUGUCAGCAUCCUCAGUGUUUGAAGCCUGAGGGCUCAAGCAUCUGACAAGCAAAAGGCAACCAGAAAGGGAUGCUCAGCUGUUGGAACUAGUCUCAGGUUUUGACAGGUUGAGAUUUUUAGCCUUGUAGAUCAAGGCAUCUGGCAACCGUGCUGUCAGGGCAUUAACAAUUGGGCUUACUUUCAAUUUCAUGGGUUUUUAAAUUGCUUUUGGAUGUGGGCUUAUUUUCAUUUUUCUCAAGAGUACUGGAGGGGAAAUACUAAGUCUUUUGCACAUUGCUUGGUUAAUUAGAGUCAAUUAUACCACGUUUGAGUUUUCUUAGGCUGCGAGUGCCAGAGCUGGCGCAGUAUGGUGUUCUGGUUAAUAAUGAGGAUGCUAAGGUUCACAACCUGCCCUUUACAAGUUCUUAAUAAUAGUAUACGCUGUUCUCUGUGGUUUUUCCCAACACAAGGAUUGUGCAGCUUGCUUCCAUGGUAACUCCCUCAGUUCUGAGGUGGGAAGCCUCUGGCUUUGGAAUGGAUGCCAGUACAGCUGCAGCUCCUUGCUCAAUAACAUCACAAAAAUCAGUAUUGAUAUGGUGAAAUGCAUCCCGGUUUUCAAGCAGAUAACGGUUUGUUCUCGGGAAGGACCAUGGCCCAGCACAAGCUGUGAGCAAGCCCAGGUGCUGUGUGGCAUCCAGGUUAUGAGCCAGCUGCCCGUGGUACCUCCCAGCCAGCUUCAGCCUCGUCUCUGUUCCCUGAAGCCAUCGCUGCCCCUGCGGGGGCGGGGCAGAGGCGCACGGGCAGAGGACGGUCCUGGCACCAGCGGUUCCCUGUAUGCAACCUGUGCUGUGUUCUGUCACGCAGAAGAGCUGUUUAUAAUCUACUGUAUUACAGCAGUUGAAAUAUAUUUUGCUAUUAGGGGAGGAAAAAAAAAAAUAAAUAUCGCCUUAGUCUGU